AUGAUGAAUACUGUUCCCCUUCUGCUAGCCUCCACUCUCUAUGCUGCCACGGUGACUGCCCAGGGCGACAUCCUAGGGACGGCGACGGUCAACGCCGCGAUCGCCCGGGGGACACCCUCCCACCUGGCAUCCGGCAUUCUGUACGGUAUACCCGACGCCCAGGGACAGAUCCCUUCUGAGUUUUAUACCGACAUGGGCUUCAACUACGGUCGUGGUGGGGGGAGCCGACUCCCGUCGCCUGCCCUGGGCUGGGUAUAUGGGGAAACGCAGUUCGAGAACCGGUUUGCGUCGGCGCUGAGCAACUACCAGACAGCCCGAUCGUACGGCGCCCCCUUCCAGCUGCUCGUGGCAGACCUGUGGGGAGCCGACCAGACGUCGGUGGUACCGCUGCCUGGAGACGACGGCAACUGGACGUCGUACGACCUGUUCCUGGACGCGUUGUUUGAGGCCCUUACGGACAACGAGAUGACCGAGGCCCUCGACUUUGAGAUUUGGAACGAACCAGACACGGCCUUUGAAGCCAACCUGACGCAGUUCUACGACAUGUGGGCGCGUGGGUACCGCCGCGUCAAGGAGGCGUUCCCCGACAUGCCGAUCAUCGGUCCUUGCUCAGCCUCGCGGCCGUACGUCGGCGAGUCGUUCUGGGCCGAGUUCCUGGCCUUUGUGGCGGCCGACGGAACGGAGCCGCAGCUGUACUGUUGGCACGAGGAGUCCUCGAGCUACGACAUCGCGACGGACCUGGAAGACUUCAACGCCACCCUGGCCUACUACGGGGCUUCGUACAGCCCCGUCAACAUCAACGAGUACGCGACCGAGGACGAGCAGGUGCCCGGGGCGAUUGUGUGGUAUGUCAGCCGGCUGGAGCGUUACGACACGCAGGGCCUGCGCGGCAACUGGGCAAUCGGAUACUCGCUGCACGACUACCUGGCCAACCUGCUGGGCAAGCCCGGGGCCACCGAGGACUGCACCGAUGCCGACACCUGCGCCGUCUCGACGGGCUACUGGGGCAACGGCGAGUUCGACGUGUACCGCUACUACAACCUCAACAUGACGGGCGAGCGGCUCGCGACGACGGGCUCGCCCGACGCGCUGUUCGACAUCUACGCCACCUCAGACGGCACCACGGUGCGUAUGCUCUGCGGCUCGCGCCUCACGGCGGGGACGUGGGACAUUGCCGUCACCAACUUGGCCGCGCUGGGGCUGCCCGACAGCGGCACCAUCGUCAUCCAGUCCUACCAGUUCAACUGGCCCAACGGGGUGUUUGGCGAUGUCCCCAGCCCGGUCAACCAGGGCACCUAUCCGCACGACUAUUCCGAUGGCACCCUGGUGUUUUACGUCAGUCCGAACGAGACGACCGCGUACGCUUUUGAGUUUACCAUUUGA